CCGUGGCGCUGGAGUGCUUCGUGUGCAACUCGCACGACGACCAGGCGUGCGCUGACGAGUUCCAGGUCAACUCCACGGCCCUCCAGAACGCCUUCAUCAAGACCUGCGAGGAGAAGGACAACCAGACGCCCUUCUGCCGCAAGAUGAGGAUGGAUAUUGAAGUUGUCUACCAGAACAACGAGAUCCGCAUCCUCCGUGACUGUGGCUACGAGAGGCGAGAGGACCGCGAGUGUUACCAGAAGCGUUCCGAUGACUACAUCGUUGACGUCUGCCAGUGUGACGAGGACCUCUGCAACGGCGCUCUCUUUGCUCGAUUCCUGUAAAUCUUGUGUGUGAAUAGUUGCAUUUGGAUCGAAAAUAUGUGCUCUCGUACUGUCUCCCAAGAUGCAGAUUUUUUUUCCCCUUUCUGGAUCCUACUACACACUUCCAUCUUAGAAUAUUUGUCCCCGUUACUUUACUUGUAGGAAUUUUUAAAGAAAUGUAUAUAUGAUAUUUUUAUUUCCUCCAUAAUUAAGUAUGAUUGAUUAUAUAGCAAAUAAAUACAGAGGAACAUUUACCUAUCAAAGUUUUUGUCGUCAGGUCUUCCUUUGUCUGGUAUAUGACAAAAUAAAAAAAAUCCUGAUGUAUACAGUUCACUUGUUGCUGUCAUUUUAAGUUAUGUUGACUUGGAUUGUCAUUCGAUGAUGACAAAAGUUGGAUUUUUUUAAUAGUAUAACAGCCUAGCUCUUUUCCUUUUUUUCUUACCAUUUUUUAAGUAGCAUUUAUGUACAAAAAAGGAAUUGUAUGUAAAGAAUGUUAGUUGCAGUAAUUUGAGAGAACAAGGUUGUAUAACAAAAAGGUAGAUUGUUUAGAACUGUAAUUUAGAGAACCACAAAUAUAUGAAAAGACAUAGAUCUUAAAAGUGCUCUUAUAAUGUUUUUAAAAACAGAUGUUAAAGCUGACCUGUACAUGAUUCUAUAAGCAAAUUAGAUCAUUGUUGAAAUGUACAUUAAAAUUAAAAGACAAUCAGCUAUUUUGCACAUGCUUAGGUUGUAAAUGGUGGUUAAUAGAGACCUUAAAUUAA